AUGGAACCGCUCACGCUGACAAAAGAGCCAGUCGUUGAGAAGGAUGCUAUGGAGGAAUCGACGGAUUUCUACCGUGGUAUGGCUGAAGAGCUGUCCAGCCUUGCUCCUUUGAGUGCAGAAAUCCAAUGGGCUCCAGACGUGCCUUUGCGCGCCAAGCGCACCGUCGCCGUCCCCCGCGUUGCAGCCACUGGGCGGCUCCCACGCCCAGAGCCACGGGAGCCGCGCGCAGCUCCACGGCGGGUGCCCGAGUGGCCGCGGGAGCCGCGGGAGCCGCGGGAGCCACCCCCGGUGGCACGAGACGUGACAGAGGUAUCCACGAAGCGGCCGCCGCAUUUGGCCAUACACACGCGCCCAGUGCGGACGGCCGCACGCCGGGGUCUGCAGACCCCGCAGGGACGACGUUUGCGGCUGGGUGCCAAGGCUGCCAAGCCGAGCAAGGAGAGUGCCGGAACGGAAGUGGAGCUGAGCCACGAGGAAAAAACCAUAGAGGCCACGGCGAUGCCGGUGGCUGUGCCAUCGGUGCCACCGGUGCCACCACCUGCAGCAGGACCGGAACUGGUGAGUCGCGCAGUGUCGGUGCAGGAGGAUCUCCUAUCCAGGCCUGAGACCUAUGGUGAGUCCGCUCUCAGUGACGUCUACGAGGCAGCGUUUCGGGAAGAUCCGCCAAUACCGAGACCACAGGUGCAGCUGCUAGAAGUCUUGGACUUGCAACUCUUCCUGCCAGCGCGAACUGUGACAGCGACACCAGCAGAGGUCUUCCAGGUCUUCCAGGCCAGGGAGAGUCACUUGCCCCAGCGAGAGAUUUCAGAGGACGAAUUCACGAAGUGUUCGAAGAUGAGCCUUCUCCGCGACGGCACCCAGAGCCCUCGAAGUCGGCGUCCCCGCGAACAAAGGCAGGCCCAUGGCCCCAAGAAGAUGGCGAUCAAAAUGGCUACCGAGCUCAUCCUUGAUGUCAUCGACGAAAUGAGCAAACCCACUGCAUACCAGGAGCCAGCUGAGGUCGUGGGCGGAAGCGAGUUGGCUCCCCUCUUCACGUCCGAGGCGCGGCGGUCAAUGCCACUGGACGAGGACACCUAUGGACGCAGAUUGGGCCGGAUACCGCCCCCUUACGAGGUGGGUCCACCACCACCUUAUGAUGGUCUGGGUCCAGCAGUGACCGAAGCAGAGGAGCAACUACGCAAAACAUUGCAGAAGAAGCAGGAACAGUUGGAGUCCAAAGAGAAGGCUUUGGCAGCGAGCCAAGCCGAAGCACAAGCGCAGGUAAAGCACCUGGCUGACUUGCAGCAGAAGGUGCAAGAGCAAUCCCUAGCCCUAGCACAGGCACAAGCCACCUUGCAAGCGCAGGUUCAUUCUCAGCGCGAAGAGACCAAUCAUCUGAUUCAGACAGUGCAGCAGCACAGUGAGGCUGCUCAGCACUCCCUGGCGGAAGCUGCACAACGGGGCCUACACGAGAUGCAGGAACGACUAGCCGCUGGCCUGGCAUCGCGCGACAGCGACAGCGACAGCAAUCCGCUGCAUCAACGCCUUGGGAGACUUGAGGCGUUGUUGGAGGGUCGUUUCUCUGAGACGUUGAAAGCCAUGACGUCGCAGAGCGAGGUGCGCCCUCAGCUGUUCAUCAGCCACUGA